AUGGUCAGUAUAAAGACUGGGUUUAACUUCGUGGGCAGGAUCCUGGGGCCUCGCGGACUCACGGCAAAACAGCUGGAGGCCGAGACGGGCUGCAAGAUCAUGGUGCGAGGAAAAGGCUCCAUGAGAGACAAGAAGAAGGAGGAGAUGAACCGUGGGAAGCCUAACUGGGAGCACCUGAGUGAAGACCUGCACGUCUUGAUCACAGUGGAAGACACACACAACCGAGCGAAGAUCAAACUCCAGAGAGCGAUCACAGAGGUCCAGAAGCUGCUGGUGCCUGCGGCUGAGGGAGAGGACAACCUGAAGAAGAUGCAGUUGAUGGAGCUGGCCAUUCUGAACGGAACGUAUCGCGACGCCAACCUCAAAACACCAACAGGCUUUCCUCUGGGCCCUCAGGCUCCUCGGAUCCUCACAGGUCCCGGUCAGGUCCUGCCUCCCCUCCGGACUCCCGCCCCGGUCACUGGUCCCAUCAUGCCCCUGAUCCGACAGAUCCAGAGCUCAGCCCUGGUCCCUGGAGGCAGCCCCCACCUGGUCCAGCAGGCGCCUGAGUCUGGGAUCAUCUACGCCCCCUACGACUACCCCUACACCCUCACCCCCUCCAUCCUGGAAUACCCCAUCGACUCCAACGGGGUACUAGUCCCCUCUCCCUUUGUCGUUGCAGGAUCCAUUAGCGCUAAAGUGCGUCGUCAGGAGAAGAGACUGCACCCGUACCAAAGGGUGGCGGACAGAGCUGCCACGGCAACUAACCCAUGA